AUGAAGGCCAUGCCCAAAGCCAAAGCCGCCCAAGCCGCCCAAGCCGCCCAAGCCACCGCCCCAUUUCCAGCUCUCCAAUCCACCGGGCCGAAGGGACCUGAGCGGGGUGCGGGAAGCGUGCUGAGCACGCGGUGUAACCAGAUGAGUAAAGAAAAUGAAAGGAGAGAAAAUGGCAAGGAGGAAGAAACCAAGAAAGUGCAACCGGUGCAAGCUGAAAGCUUGUUUGAGCGCAAGCUGGCAGAGAAGAGGGAGAAAGCCAGAAAGAAGGAAGCGAGGAAGAGGAACAAGAAGAAGACGAAGAAGCGGUUGGGUGCUACACAAUUGAUGACCCCGGACAUUUACUUGGCCUGGGUCCCACACAUUGACGGCGAUGAGAACUCGGAGAAGUGGAAGAGAUGUCUUCUCUGCCAGAAAUGGGUGCAAGAUGACGCCUUACAUAUUGGGACACCUGAGAACCCACAGGGUUCAAAAGAACACAAGAAGAACCUGCAGAAUUGUCUUUCGAGUGCUGAGAAUCUGCCUUGGUUUAUCGAGAACGUCAUCAAUGUCAAGAGGAAAUACCACCCAGAGCAGCAGCUUCCACCUGUUUCAGCGGCCACCUGGUCCAUUGCUGGAACCCCAAGAAAGCACAGGAGAAGCAGGUGCAAAAAAUGCAGCGCUUUCAUGGCGCUAGGCACGAGAUGA